UACUUUAUUAGUAGGUAUAUAAAAUAAAUCCAAAUAUAGCCAAUAGCAAUAAAAAAUAUAAACAUGGUCUCAACAAAACUGAAUAAGGUAUUGACAGCCGUGGCCAAAAUAUCAAAUACUAAUAACUAAUAAAUAAAUAAUAAUAAUACCUAGUAUUAUUUACCACCAACUUCCCAACUGGUAUUAUUAUCACUUUAUAACUGUCUAACGAAUAUCGUAAUUCUUGGCUAUUUACCAGUUUUCCAAAAAUCACGAAAUCAUAAUUUAUAUUUUAUUUUAUUUCUCUUCGCUCCAACGCCCCUAUGGCCUACCUAUUUUAAACAUUUUAUUAUAUUCGUCGACUUCGCAAGUGGUAAAUUGCAUGUUUGUAAUUUGUAUCACUCUAUGAUGCACCUCUCACGCGUUUUUGUUGCUUUUAUUAUUAAUAAUAGAAGGGGGGGUCAUCAAAAGUUAUGUUUUUUCCGGACUACUCAACACUUGUAUUAACUAAUAUUAACCCGCAUUAUAGUGUUUUUUAAAACCCGAAUGUUUGUUUAAACUUUUUAUUCCGGUGUUUGAACACCCGAAUACAUCCAGUACCCGAAACCCGAAUAAAUGAUUCGGGUGCUAAGCUCUGAAAAAAUCUUUUUUUCAUACAAUAUUUACUUUGAUUACAUAUGUUAAAUAUUAUACUUAACGCAAUUUUUAAAAAUACUUUAGAAAUUUAUUUCAAACGGGUAGUUGAAUAAAUUGUCCUAUAUAAGUAUUUAACACUAAAAUUAAAAUAAUUCCAUUUAUAAGUACAAGGUACUUUCAUUUGUUGAACUGUUCGGGACCGGAAUUUAUCUACAUUUUUUCAAAAUUAUAUUUAUUAAUAUUUUUUGUAGUUGUGAUAUUUAUAUGAUUGGACGAUGUUCCAGUAUAGGCCAUUUGCAUGACGUGGAGUGUUACCUGGUUUAUAAUGUUUCACCAUCAUCCGUCUGACGACCCGGGCGUCCGGCCAUCCGAGCUCGAACGCUUAACCACUAGCGUCCACCCUAAGGAAAAACUUCCGGUGCCGUGGGCGAAAAUCGUCACUUCGUUGCCCGUGUGGUCGGUGAUGUUGGCCAAUUUUGGUUCGACUGUAUUCUACGUGGUCCUCAUUAUGUACAUGCCAGUGUAUCUUAAGUACACAAUGAAAGUGGAUAUCGCAAACAAUGGUUUCUUGUCCACGUUGCCACCGCUCGGCCAAAUAGCCGUCAUGUUUACUGCCGGGAGGUGUGCGUCGUUAGCCCAGGCCAAAGAUUGGAUGAAUGUCUCAGCCAUCAGAAAAGUAAAACUAGAGUAUCUACGAUCCAUUAAACACCCUUCACAUGCAAUCCGUUUCUGUAGGACCGCUACUGUCAGAAUGCCUGGCUACGACCAGAUUGAGAAUAAAACACCUUUUAUAAGACACGGCGUAGAGAGUAAAUGUAUCGGAUUAUCAAAAGAAAUUGUUUUUAGUUGUAUAGGUAUGGCGGUGCCAGCAAUCCUACUUACAGUUGCGACGGCUAUACCGAAUAGUUACAUCUUCUACAGUUUUCUAGUAGUAUCGUACAGCCUGUCUGGUUCGGUGUUCUCCGGUUUUCGGGUCAGUCAGAUGGAAAUGGCUCCAAAUUUCGUGGCUGUAAUCACAGCCCUUGGCGAUAUUUUCGGCAGCCUAGCAAUGAACCUUACUCACAUAGCAUUCAUUGUGACCAUCGGGGAUUCUUCCGAUCAGAUGGCAUGGGACAAAAUAUGUUGGUAUUUGAGCGGAAUACUCGUUAUGUGUCUUGUCCCGUUCGUCUUGUUCGGGAAUAGCAAAAUACAAUCGUGGAAUACACCCAAAAAGCCAGAAAUAAACGAACCAAUUGCAAUAUAAUUUCACGUGUAGGAAUAAUAACGAUAUAUCGUCAAUUUGUAUAUCGAUAAGACUUCUUCGAUAAAUCGAGGCUUUCAAUAUUUUCUAUUAAACAAUUCGAUUUUAAGCAAAAAUCUUGUACCUAAACAAUAACAAUUAUAAGUAAACAUUAACAUCAUUUAUUUCAAAAUAGAUUUUGUGUAUGGUUGCAACUCAAAAUAUUUACCACUAAAAUAUGCUAAUCAAUCUUAAGCCAUAUUUUUAAAAAUAAAUCGAAACUAAAAAAAGGUCUGCUGUAAAGUAGGUGUCUAGU